AAGAUUAUCAUUCCUUUGAUUAAAAGACAAAGUGAGUGAUGUACAGAGAAAAUUCUUCAAAGUUAUAAAUGAUGUAGGAUCUAACCGAUUCAGGAGGUACAAGAGGUCCAGAGACAGAGAAGUGCUGAACUAAAGCAAGAAAACCUCGUGACCAUGCGUGACGUUGCUUGCAACCUGCCAUUUUUUUAUGGCAGCAUAUCCCGUUCUGAAGCUGAUGAAUACCUAAAGAUGGGAGGGAUGUCUAAUGGUCUCUUCCUGUUGCGCCUAUGCCUGCGAAAUCUUGGAGGUUAUGUUUUAUCAGUUGUCUAUGAAAUGAAGGUCUACCAUUACUCAAUUGAACGUCAGCUAAAUGGAACUUAUGCCAUUGCUGGCGGUAAAUCUCACUGUGGCCCUGAAGAGCUCUGUGCAUAUUACUCUCGAGACGCGGAUGGACUUUGCUGUGUACUUCUGAAACCCUGCCUUCGACCAACUGGUGUUGAGCCUAAGCCUGGAGUUUUUGACAGCAUUAGAGAACACAUGCUACGAGAGUAUGCUCGCCAGACUUGGAAUCUUGAGGGUGAAGCAUUAGAACAGGCAAUUAUCAGUCAAGCUCCACAAUUACAGAAGCUGAUUGCAAGCACUGCACAUGAGAAGAUGGCCUGGUACCACGGUCCCAUUAGUCGUGGAGAUGCAGAACGACGCCUAUACUUUGGUGCACAGCCAGAUGGGAAAUUUCUGGUGAGACAGCGCAAAGAGGCUGGAGGAUAUGCUCUUUCUGUGUUAUAUGGAAAAUCAGCCUACCAUUACAUUAUAGACUUAGACAAAUCUGGAAAGUUUGCCAUUCCUGAUGGAUCAAAGUUUGAUACUCUUUGGCAGCUGGUGGAAUACUUAAAGCUCAAGUCUGAUGGGGUGAUACACGUAUUACGUGAAGCUUGCAAUAAUCCGAGCCAACCUGCUGAACCAGUGAAACCGCCUUCACUUCCUCCUAAUCGACAAAGUGCAAUCAGCCUUGCUUGUAAUCCAGAUGGCUACACACCAGAACCAAUUGGAGAUGCAGGACGACGAGUUCUUCCUAUGGAUGCAGAGUCAUAUGUAAGCCCCUACAGUGACCCUGAAGAGUUAAAAGAUAAGACAUUGUACCUGAAGCGAGAAUGCCUACUAAUAGAUGAAGUGGAGCUAGGAUCUGGCAACUUUGGCUGUGUGAAGAAAGGAGUGUAUAGGAUGAGAAAGAAACAGAUCGAUGUCGCUAUUAAAGUACUGAAAAAUGAUAAUGAGAAAUCUUUAAAAGAAGAAUUAAUGAAAGAGGCAGAAUUUAUGCAGAAACUGGACAAUCCUUACAUUGUGCGAAUGAUUGGAGUGUGUCAAGCAGAAAAUCUGAUGUUGGUGAUGGAGAUGGCUUCGGGAGGUCCCCUCAACAAAUUUUUGUCUUCCAAAAAAGAAAAGAUCAACAUAGACAAUGUUGUCGAAUUACUCCAUCAAGUGUCAAUAGGAAUGAAGUAUCUGGAGGAAAAUCAUUUUGUGCACAGGGAUCUUGCUGCCAGAAAUGUCCUGCUGGUCAAUCAACAUUAUGCCAAGAUUAGUGAUUUUGGAUUGUCCAAAGCAAUAGGUGCUGAUGACAGCUACUACAAGGCUCGAACUGCUGGGAAAUGGCCAGUCAAGUGGUAUGCGCCAGAGUGUAUAAAUUUCCGAAAAUUUUCGAGCAAAGCUGAUGUCUGGAGCUUUGGUAUUACUAUGUGGGAAGCAUUGACUUAUGGACAAAAACCAUAUAAGAAAAUGAAAGGCCCAGAAGUUGUUAGUUUUAUUGAGCAAGGAGGCCGAUUGGACCGUCCUCCUGACUGCCCAGAUGAAAUGCAUCAAUUGAUGCAGAAGUGUUGGACUUACAAGUGUGAAGAUCGACCUGGGUUUGAAGAAGUUGAGAGCACAAUGCGUAAUUACCACUAUCAGAUAACUCAGAAGGUAUCAACAGAUGACAAAGUUCAAUAAAAUACCCAGGAUUAUAUUAUAUAAACAUUGACAUUUCCAAUAUGUUGCUGUUUCUGUUAUCCUUGAGAGUUCUUGUAGGCAGUAGCUAUGAAAGCUUCAAGUAACUAUAAACC